CCCGCCUAGGCGUCCUCCGCCUCGCUGCUGGCGCAUCGGCAUCUUUGCACUUGCCGUCGUGCGGAGGGCUUCGAGUUUAGUCGCUGAGAAGGGACAGAGAGCUGCCUGUGGCCGCGUUAGGGGGUGGCUCUGCCAUGUCUUGCUCGGCGCAUCGCCCUGCCCUUCCCAGUGCUUUGAGUGUGCUCCUUGGGAACCCCGAAAUCAUUUGCAGAAUUUUCUUUCUGCUUUAUUCUGGCUGAACUGAGAAGCGCUCUGCUUAAUUUUAUAUCUUGGAGAGUCCAUCUCAACUCAAGGAAAACGAUGUGAAAAGCAGUUACACUUAAAGUGUGAACAAAACCCUGUAAUACUGCCAACGAGCUCUGGCAGCAUGUAAACAGCUUUUUGCCAAGAACCCAGGUCACCACUGAGAAGAGGGUCUUGAGGGAGAAGAGUAUCAGGAGGACACCAAUGCCAGGCGCGUGUGGAAUUACACUCACUGCAAGCAGCAUGCCGCACUCUGUGUCAGCUCCCGUGUCCUGGCAAAGGCUGGGGCUCUCCAGGUAGGAGGGUCCUGGGGCAGAAGCACCAGGAGCCUCUUGGGGAAGAAUGGGGCCAGACACGAACUCUCCACAGUGAGCAUAGUUUUCAGUUUAUGAAGGAAUUGAAGAAAAUAAUUAUUUAAUUUCCACACAAUCACAUUCAGAAGUCUUCUGUGUGAUUGCCAGCAGUCAGCCCCUCCGUAGAAGUUACCAGGAUUUUUCUGGCACCAAUGUGAACUCUUUUUGGUACUUCUGGCAAUACGGAUCUGCUGGACAGACUUAGCUACUGAAUGCUGCAAGGCAGGAAAAAGAGAAAAACCUCUGGAAGAAGCAUCAGGAAGGCUGAACAGAGACCCUUGUUGGCUCCCACUUGUACCGAAGCUCAGCCUGCACUCGGAUGCUGUUAACUGAAGACUCCUGCUGUGUUCACCGCAAAGGCCAUCUGCUCUGGGGAGAGCUGGCGUUUUGGGGCUGCCUUUCGUGGCUCUUCUCUCUUGUCAUUCUGCCUCCGUGCCUUCUGUGCAGGCAGUUGAAUGAUGUGAACUUUAGGAUGGAGUUUGGUACUCUUGGGGGUCUGACUUCUUUUCCUGGGCUGGUGCUGUUGGAAAGGGCCACCUGAAGGCUGUGUUUGUGUGUGGGAAAGAAGGCACUGCCUGGCCGGAUCCUCCACCAUGUUCCUGUUGCUGCCUUUUGACAGCCUGAUUGUCAGCCUUCUGGGCAUCUCCCUGACAGUCCUCUUCACUCUCCUGCUUGUUUUCAUCAUAGUCCCUGCCAUUUUUGGAGUCUCCUUUGGUAUUCGAAAGCUCUACAUGAAAACAUUGCUAAAAAUCUUUGCGUGGGCUACUUUGAGAAUGGAAAGAGGAGCCAAGGAGAAGAACCACCAGCUCUACAAGCCUUACACCAAUGGAAUCAUUGCAAAGGACCCCACUUCUCUAGAAGAGGAGAUCAAAGAAAUUCGUCGAAGUGGUAGUAGUAAGGCUCUGGAUAAUACUCCAGAGUUUGAGCUCUCAGACAUUUUCUACUUCUGCCGGAAAGGAAUGGAGACCAUUAUGGAUGAUGAGGUGACAAAGAGAUUCUCAGCAGAGGAACUAGAAUCCUGGAACCUGCUCAGCAGAACCAAUUACAACUUCCAGUACAUCAGCCUUCGGCUGACUGUCUUGUGGGGGUUAGGAGUGCUGAUUCGCUACUGCUUCCUUCUCCCACUCAGGAUAGCUCUGGCAUUCACAGGGAUUAGCCUUCUGGUGGUGGGCACAACCUUGGUGGGAUACUUGCCGAAUGGGAGGUUUAAGGAGUUCUUGAGUAAACACGUUCACCUCAUGUGUUACCGAAUCUGUGUGCGUGCCCUGACUGCCAUCAUCACCUAUCAUGACAGGAAGAACAGACCAAGAAAUGGUGGCAUUUGUGUGGCUAAUCACACAUCUCCUAUCGACGUUAUCAUUUUAGCCAGUGACGGCUACUACGCCAUGGUGGGUCAAGUGCAUGGAGGACUCAUGGGUGUGAUUCAGAGAGCCAUGGUGAAAGCCUGUCCCCACGUCUGGUUUGAGCGGUCUGAAGUGAAAGACCGCCACCUGGUGGCUAAGAGACUGACUGAACACGUACAAGAUAAAAGCAAGCUGCCUAUCCUCAUCUUUCCGGAAGGUACCUGCAUAAAUAACACGUCAGUGAUGAUGUUUAAAAAGGGAAGUUUUGAAAUUGGAGCCACAGUUUAUCCAGUCGCCAUCAAGUAUGACCCUCAGUUCGGUGACGCCUUCUGGAACAGCAGCAAGUACGGGAUGGUGACAUACCUGCUGAGGAUGAUGAGCAGCUGGGCCAUUGUCUGUAGUGUCUGGUACCUGCCUCCCAUGACCAGAGAGAAAGAUGAAGAUGCCGUCCAGUUUGCCAACAGGGUGAAGUCCGCCAUUGCCAGGCAGGGGGGACUGGUGGACCUGCUGUGGGAUGGUGGACUGAAGAGGGAGAAAGUGAAGGACACGUUCAAAGAGGAGCAGCAGAAGCUGUACAGCAAGAUGAUUGUGGGGAACCACGAGGACCGGAGCCGCUCCUGAACCCCGGCAUGUGAGCCAGCUGGAGCUGCUGCCGCUGCUGCCACCACCACCACCCCGCUGCCGCAUCCUUCCGACUCGGCCCGGCCUCGGAGCUGCGCAGAUCCUGCCCUCACCGUCUGCAGCGAGGACUGCCCUGCCAGUGUCACUGCCCAGGGCAGGGUGCCUUCUUGAUCCUCUUCUGAUACGUCCUUUGGAGGAAUGCCAUGAAAGCCCGUCGUCCACCCGAGCAUGUGCUGUGGGCUGAGCGGUGUGGGGAUCCGCAUACUCCGUUAGGAUGCCCCAGGCCUGGCCUGUGUGGGGAGAGGCACUGCUCUGGUCUGGCCUGGCCGCGGAGCUCUGCAACCUUGACGAAGAGAGAACCGUGGUCUGCAGGGCAAUCAGCAAAAGAAACUUGACAUUCUUGCGUUAUUCCUUGUUCAGAAGACAGGAUAGGAGAGGCAGUGGCCACCAGGUGGUCUGUGGUGAAAGCCAGGAAUUAUUCUGUGUCCAAACUCCAGACUGAGCCUGAAUUCCCUGUGUGACUUACUCUUUGUUUAAUUGUGCCUCGGUUUCCCCGUCUGAAACAUGACUCAGGCAGGGAGGGCUGGUGACUCCUACCUCACAGGGGUGUUGUGGGGACUCGGGCACUGCUUGCGUGAGGACACAUCAUGCAGUAUCUAGAGCCCAAGUUGUGGACAAGGUCUGAGCUCCGCUGUUGCACAGGGCUUUGGACCUGUGGCUGUGAGUAAAUAAAAGUGGCCGCAGCCCCAGGCCUGCAUUUCUUCUGCUCAGCUUCGCCCUGAGUGUGUUCCUCGGAGGCUGGCUGCUCCCACCAGACAGGGUGUCUGUACCCUGGAGGCCCCAAGGUGGGGCGGGCGAGGGCUGGGUAGUGGGAGCCGGAGUCUGGAGAGUCUGGGGACUGGCGCACUGGGUUUCCCCUGGGCCAGAGGUAAACUGCAGGCCUCUCGGGCCACCUUAGUCACCCUGAAGGCAGAUCCAGAGCCGGGCCACUCUGUGAGUCCGUGCUGCAGGGUCCUCCAACUUCUGCUCCUCGUAAGAGGAGCCCUGUUUAUCCCUGUCCACCUGUGGUUGCUGUGGCAGGCCCGCUAUCAUCCUGCGGCUGGGGUAAGGGUGUGCUGGGCAUGAGGCCUAGCUCCGAGGCUCCAGGCCCACGCCCCUGCCAUGCUUGAGGCAUGACAAGAUGUGUGAGCCUAGUGUUGCUCCCCUGCACCCCUCCGCCACCUCUUCACAGAGCCCCCCGUGUCCCCUCACUGCCCCUUUGCUAGCCAGUGGGAAACUUCUCGCAAUAAAAUACUCAUGACUGUAAGAACAGCCUCUUCCGAGCUGUUCUGUGGAAUGCUAAUAAACAACAGCUUUCAGCUUCA